AUGGCUGUCAACAAUGUCAGCAUGGGCAUGGCUCCCAGGCAUGGAGGACCAGGAAGUGACCUCCUGGACUUGCGCAGGCCCCUGGACUGGUGCCCUGCUGCUGUUCUUCCUCCUGGCAGUAUGGAGGUGCAGCCCUGCCAGAAUCUCACCAGUAGAAAGAAAGAAUUUUCCCAAGUGAAUGGAAUCAUUCUUCAAAAGAAAGUAUGCGAUUUCUGGGAUAAGGUCUGGAACUUCCAAGCCAAGCCUGAUGACCUGCUCAUUGCUUCUUACCCCAAAGCAGCUCCCCGGGGCAAGAGGGAGGCAGUUACUGGAACUUGGACACAGGAAAUUGUAGAUCUGAUACAAAAUGAUGGAGAUAUUGAGAAAAGCAGGCACGCUUCCAUUCAACUUCGACACCCUUUCCUGGAGUGGAUAAGAAGGACACACUGUGGUGUGGAAAAAGCCAAAGCAAUGCCCUCUCCACGGAUACUAAAGACUCACCUUUCCACUCAGCUGCUGCCGCCGUCUUUCUGGGAAAACAACUGCAAGUUCCUUUAUGUAGCUCGAAAUGCCAAAGACUGUAUGGUUUCCUACUACCAUUUCCAAAGGAUGAACCACAUGCUUCCUGACCCUGGUACCUGGGAAGAGUAUUUUGAAACCUUCAUCAAUGGAAAAGUGGUUUGGGGUUCCUGGUUUGACCAUGUGAAAGGAUGGUGGGAGAUGAAAGACAGACACCAGAUUCUCUUCCUAUUCUAUGAGGACAUAAAGAGGGACCCAAAGCAUGAAAUUCGAAAGGUGAUGCAGUUCAUGGGAAAGAACGUGGAUGAGACAGUGCUAGAUAAAAUUGUCCAGGAGACGUCAUUUGAGAAAAUGAAAGAAAAUCCCAUGACAAAUCGUUCUACAGUUUCCAAAUCUAUCAUGGACCAGUCAAUUUCCUCCUUCAUGAGAAAAGGAACUGUGGGGGAUUGGAAAAACCACUUCACUGUUGCCCAGAAUGAGAGGUUUGAUGAAAUCUAUAGAAAAAAGAUGGAAGGAACAGCCAUAAACUUCUGCAUGGAACUCUGAGCAAGAUGUAAAUAAAAUUAACAGGUGGAUGGCAAGAGUGCAAAUACUAUCUUCAGUCCUUCAGUCCCAGCCAGAAGAAUCUCUGAAAGCAUAUUGUGAAUGUAUACGAUGUAGUACAAAUGAUUUCUGUGAUGAUUAACAGUAUGUCACCACUUCAUUUUUAAAAAGGGAUCAUGUCUAAUGCCCAUUUUCCCAAGUAUUCUUUCCUAAGUAAGAUAUAAGAUAGAUUAAUAAACUAAGUAAAACAUA